AUGGCUGGUAAUAAAAUAGAUACUUUAGUCGCUACCUGGAAUACCGCAGCAAAAUUGUCUUUAACAGGAGAGCAAGAAGAAAAACUCAAAGCAUUAUUUAAUGAUGCUGCUGAAAGAGUUCGUGCUCGUCGUGCAGCUGGAAAAAAAUUAGUUGAAGAUGUAAACAAAGCUGUUGAAGCUAAUGAUAAUGCAACAACAGAACAAUUAUUAGUAAAAUUACGUGAAGGUCUUCGUCAAGCUGGAGAAAGUCGUGAACGAUUUCUUGAUGAAUUCGAUAAGGUUCUUCGAGCUGAACAACGUGGUCGUUUUCUUCUUUAUGUUGUUCAACGGGCUAAAGAAUCAGGCAAACCAGUAGAACAAUUAAUCGAUAGUCUUCUUGCACAAGAUGGUGAUAAUUAG